CGAUGUGUGCUGAAACGUUUGCGUGCACUCGCACCUUAAAGAUUAUCUAAUCGCUGGGAAGACGUACUGAUGUGCAGUGAUUGUGCAGGGGUAAUUUGUUCAUAAUCUUCGGCGACAGAAUGGCAUUUCGGUCCCUUUCGCUUUCUCCUAAGGUAGGAAAGAAAGUUUUGCUGAAUUAUUUAAGACCAGAGAGAGUUUGCGGCGCGAGUAAUGGCCGCGCUAUGUCAAUGCGGUCUUCAGGGGAUGACAAGCAGAGCAAAAACACGGGCUCUUCAGCACACUGGGAUGUUCCACCGUCUGUUCAGGGAUACCAGGGUGGGGAACACGAAUUCGCUCACAAUCAUUCGCUGGAAGUUCUGUCAGCGGCAGUGGACUAUCACUACGUGGCCCGCAAAAGUAGCAGUAUAUGUGACACCCCACCUCCGUAUGCAACUGCUGGACAAACUGAGCAGGGAAAGGAAAAAGAAAGUUGCAGUCAAGAGUAUGACAACAGUGGUCAUGUUAGUUUGUCGAGUUGUAUGCAGACCAAUGUCCCAGAGCCUUUCAGCCCAGCUGGAAGGUCACCAGUUCACCUGAACAUGCCACAGGGACGCAGUUCUAGUGAGCAGAAGUAUGUGGCAAACAAGCUGGAGAACAUGCACCCGUCACGUCAGUUCUCCACAUCGGCACGGUUGUAUGCAGUGGGAGCUAUGGUGCAGUCUCUCCAGGGAGAGUAUGAAACAGAGCCCUGCCCACAGGGAAUUCAAGGCGAUGACUGCGUCCAGUUCAAGCUGUGGCUGGACAGCUGUCGGCGUUAUGGACUUGCCAACUGCGAAGAUCAGCUCCAGGGGAUUCAAACUGGUAGAAAGACUUUGGCCCAAGUCCUGCAAGAGCAAGAGGAGUUAAUCCGGCAAAUAGCGGCUGACUACAGGCAGGCGACAGGGGCUUCUGAACCUUUGGAUUCUCAGCUGGGAGAGCUGGGAUUAGAUGACCCAUGUCCACAGGGCAUCCAGGGCGAAGACUGCGAACAGUUUCGACUGUGGUUUAAGAACUGUCAGCGUUUUGGUUUCGGAGACUGUGCGGAGCAGUUGCAGGGGAUACAAGGAGGGAGAAAGUCUCUCUCACAGGUGUUAAAGGAACAAGACGACCUGAUUAGAAACAUCGCCAAAAAAUAUUACAGCACAUCGGCAGGUCAGGUGGGUAUGAGUGGAGUUACCCGCUCCUUUUCCACGGGUCCCACAUCUCCCCCAAAUCCAGACCCUGUCCCAGUCCUGACUCAGAAGGAAAAGCUGAAGAGAGCUGUCAAAGACUAUGGUGCCAUUGUCGUUGUGUUUCAUGUCGGAAUCUCUCUCAUUUCUUUGGGUGGAUUUUAUUUGCUCGUAUCCAGCGGCAUUGAUGUGGCUGCCCUCUUGGGAAAACUAGGCGUAGGUGAAUCCUUUAUAGGGUCCCAGGUGGCUAAAGGUGCCAGCACAUUUGUGAUGGCCUAUGCUGUACAUAAAGUCUUUGCCCCAGCUAGAAUAGCCAUCACACUGACGUCAACUCCAUUCAUUGUACAGUACCUGAGACGCAUCGGGAGUGUUAAAGUCAAAGUCACUUCUAAAGAAAUAAACAAUCAUCAAAAUGCUAAAAUAUAUAUGCCUAUGUAUGUAACAUAGCAGUGCUAAGAUCGUCGUGGAGAUAUGUAACAUUUAGGGAGUGGCAUCUUUCAAAACUUCCAGUAUGGUCAUCUUGUUGUUUCUGGUAUAUCACCCAAAUAUCACAAAGAGAUUUUCAAAGUUGACUUUUAUGUUGACUUCGUAAUGUUUAACCAUUGUAUUCUAGCCAUGAAAAUACCGUAAAGUGCUCUAUGUGUUAAAGUAUGAACUAAAAAAAAGUUUAUUGUAUUUGAACUUCAUGUUUUAUUUUGUGAACUGAAAUCAGCGUUUUGAAAUUUAUAAUUUUUUUGUUUUCUUUUUUAAUUUUAUUACCACCAAAGUUUUAUUUCAGUCUUGCCUCUUUGACUGUUGUCAUAGUCCUGAAAACACAUUGCAACGCUACAUGUACAUGUUCAAAGUGGAAACCCUUAAAAGAGUUGUUCAUUACAUUUGGAUACUAAAGCAGUAGAUCUUAACUUGAACAGACUGCAUCUACCUUUGAUAUCAAACAUAUUAAUGUUUCACAAUAUUAAUUCUUGUAGUUGAUGAUCUAUGUUUGUUGUUUUGUUUUAUUGCCAAGAAGAGUUUAUAAAAAUUUACACUGUUUUGGAUUAAAGUAUUUAUGUUGUACAAUGAUAUAAUAUUGUAUGGGUUGGUAGUGGACAUACCACAAUUUUAUUACUCAUGCGCAUAAGGUGCAAAAGAGAGUAUCCAAACAGUUCUGUAUGAUAGAGCAGACUGUCCCAAUUUUUUUUCCCGUCUCCCACAUUAAAGUUGCUGCAAACAUGGUGUCCAAAACAGCAGUAAGUUUUGUUGCUAAUUUUGGAUAGGUAUUGUAGGCUAAGCAUGUGCUCAUGUACUGGUACUGUAAUUAUCAAGUGUGAUUCCCACAUGAUGUCACUUGACAGGAAAACAAUUCACUUAUAAUGUUGGGUGGAAAUACAUUCUUUUAUUAUUCCCAGUCAAAGAAGACUGUUUAGAAAAUUCUCACCAAGGUGAUCAUUUAUGUGUGCUUGUGAACAGAUUAUGUGAUGACUGUGUCUGGCAGGACAUGCACCUGCCUUUUUUGUAAGUUAAUUCAAGACUAAAAUCACUGUAGUUAAAUUGUGCUGAUAAUACAUUAUGGUACAAGUACUGUAAUGAUUAAAUUUAAAUGGUCAUAGAUUUACUAGUGAAGACCUUUGAUCUGCAUUAUCAUUGAGUAUCCUUACAUGUAGGUAAGUGUACCAUGCUGGUACUAGCAAACAGUCCACCGCACAUUGUCAAUGGCCGGAUUAUAGAAUGUGGAGGCCAUGUUGUUAGAUUGAUUAAUAUGUAUGUAAGAUUGAUUAAUAUGUAUGUAAGAUUGAUUAAUAUGUAUGUAAGAUUGAUUAAUAUGUAUAUAAAGAUCUAUCACUGUAAUGUAAGAAAGAUAUUGUUGGUAUUGAUGCUUUUUCCCCCAUUUCUUUAAUUGUUGAUUUUUAUCUUGAAAACUGUCAAAUAAGGAAAACAUCGUAGUUGUGGUCAAUACAUUGCCCUUGUAAUUCUCUUUCCUGUAUUGAUUUUUUCUCAAAUUCUCACAUGAGAAAGAUUUCAGGAUUGUGAUUUAUGUACUUGGCCCAUACUGUUUCCUUUUCUUUUGUUUGAUUUCUCAAAGAUUUUCAAAAUGGUAUUGGGAUCUGAUCUGUAUACAACAUGAAAUGUGACAAAGACUGGCUCUACUGCUUUUAGUCACUCAGUGCGUGUAACAUUCCAUGUGUACCCUAAUCACCAAUAAGUACAUCAAAAAGCAUUAUACAUGUAUUUCUGUUGUUAAGGAGAACUGUUGAUUUGUAACCUUGGAUGUAUUUCAAGAAACUUUUUCCUGUACCAACAAAGGGAAUAAAUGGUGGAAGAUCUCUAGAC